GCCAACACGUGGGUCCUCCGCUACGCCUUCAGUCUGUGCCUUGGCCGAGAAGGGGAGGUUGUGGUGUGUGUGUGGUGCUGUGCUGACCUCAGUGACUUGUACGCCAUACCAAGGAUACGGUGGCCAUGUGACAGGAAUAACCCCCGGCAGCGACGUUAGAAGAUGCUGAAGUACGUGCAGGUGUCGCCGUACCGUAGCUCGUCAGCACUGUGCGGGGCGCGGCGUGCUGAGUGCUGUGACGAAUCCCCGAGCCUCUCCUCCCCCUCAACGCCCUCCACGCGCCUCUCCUCCGCCUCCAGCCAUGCCUACACGUGCUCCUCCGCCUCCUCUUCCUCCUGCUCCUCCGGCGUGGGGCCUGGGCGGGGCGCGGGGGGCAGGGCAGACAGCGUCAGCCUCAACUCAUCCAUGUCCUGCUCGAGUCUUAGUCAGGACCCCCUCAGCUCCCGCUCCUCGUCCUCCACCUCCCUGCACGACGGCCACAAGGUUGUGUCUCUGCAGCUCUCGACCGCCAAGACGACGGUACGGGUGUGGGUGCGAUGCCUCAUGCAGGAGAUGGAGUACAAGACCGUCUGCGUGGCCUACAGCACAACCUGUCGCGAGCUGGUUCAGUCCAUCUUGUCCAAGUUCAAGAUGAAGCACCGAGACCCGAACCUCUUCUACCUCACCAUGGAGGUCACCGUCAGGAAAACAGGGGGCGUCAUGCGGACCAUCUUGACCCUGGAGGACGAUUCCCGGCCGGCGGAGCUGCAGUCGUGUUACCCUCGUGGAGAUUCGCGACUCGCUCUCAAGAUGCGUCCCGGCGGUCUGGUGCGAGUGUACGACGGGGCGCUGGUGUCCGGGUCGCAGUACAAGAGCCUUCUGGUGAGCGACAAGACCACAUGUGAGGAGCUGGCGCGGCUUGUGCUCCUCUGCAACAACAUCCAAGACAACAUCAAGAACUUCUCCAUCUACGAGGUGCGGCGUAACGAUGGUCGGGAACGCAAGCUUCACCAGGACGAGCGGCCGCUGAGACUCACCUCGCGCUGGGUGUCCCGUGACCACGCCUGCCUGGUGGUGCGGCACACACCUUCGCUCACUCCCACCCGUGCCCAGAUCACGCCGCUCACCACGCUCAGAUCUUCCGUCAACCGAGCGUCAACCAGAAGAAUAAACGCCAAAGGAAAAUCCGAAACCAACUCAACAUCAUCAAGUCACACCACAUCCUCCUCCACCUCCUCCACCACAGACUCCACCACAGAGACCUCCACAGACACCAUCAUCUCCUCCACCACCAUCACCAUCUCCCCCAAUGGUGCCUCGACCGUCACCAUCACCACACCCACCAUCACCCCAAACCAAAACAAUAACAAUAAUAACAACAUAAACCUUCAAAACAACAGCGAUAACAUUAACAAUAACAGUAACAAGAGCAGUAAAACCUGUGACGGCAACAACAGAACCAACAGAAACUACCUCACGACGGAGAUAGAGGAGGAGGAGGAGGAGGAGGCGGCUGUGGAGGAGGAGAGAUGCCCUUCCCCUCCUCUCCGAAUCCGCAGACCAUCAUCUUCACCCUUUAAAUCUACAGCAGCAAGACGAAAGCUGCCAUGGACCCAGAGUGCUGAUUUGAUCGAGACGUGUGUGGACGACGAGAAUGAAGAGCUUCCCUCCACCACCAGGACGCGAAGAGCUCACUCCUACAACGACUACGAGAACUACUUUUACAUAUAAUCUCCAAAACACUCGACCCAGUAAAUAAGGAGUCACCUAACUUGGACACGCCAGGGAUGGAUAUGCACUCAAUAGAAAUUAUUUAACUUUAUUUAACUUUUUAAUGUAGGUUGAGAAACUCCCUAAAUAUAAUACAUGUAAGGUUGCUAAAUCUUUUAUUGUGGUAAUAUAUGUAUUUAUUAUUUUAUUUUUCCACCCAAGAACUUUGCAUAUCACAAUUUUGUUUAAUACAGUCUCUUUAUACACGCCUGACUGGUGCUAUGAAUGUUAGUACAAUGUUUUUUUUUUUUAUGAUGAAAUCUUUGGUACUCACAAGCUUCACUAAAGUCUGGCAAAACAUCUUUCCACAACAAUUAUAGAUUUGUUUGUAUGUUUGUUUUCAUGAUGUAUUUGUUUGUACAUUCAUUGCUAACAUUCAGUUCAUUUUCCUUGUGUAUUUGUGUUCAUGUCUCUCGUGGUGCCUAUAUACUCAGCUAUGUAUUCAGUUCAAACUCAGUGUUAUCAUUGCACAGGAUUGUGGUGUGCAAGUUGCUACAAGGAUCACAAACACUGGCUAGAUCAAGCAAACAGUAUUGUGUCUUACAGUAUUAUUGCUCCUUGUUGAACAGACAAUUGUUCCAUUGGAUCUCAAAACGUACACCACUGAGUGCAGGGAAUGGAUGUUUCAGUUUGCAUAUUUAUUUAUUUUUCAUUUUUGGGUGUGUUAAGAGGAGAGCUGGUUCAUCAAUCAAUGUGUUCAUUUGAUAUGUAUAUGUACGUAUACACACACACACACACACACACACACACACACACACACACACACACACACACACCUAUUCAAAAA